UAUAAAAGUGCCUACAACUAUAACCUUGUUUAGCUACAAUACAGCAUGGCAGCAACAGGAAAAGCACUGAGGAAACUCAAAAAUCACCCUACUCACAAGACAAAGCCAGCACAAGAGCUAGAACAGCUUGCUAUUGAGCUAAUCACACCAGCGAAGAUUCGAGAGAGAUUUGCCCACUUACUUCGAGCUGAAGGAAUUUUAGUAGAACUUCUUGAAGACGACAACGACCUAAACACUCGAGAACUUAAAGCACAGCACCAGAAUAUUAAGCACGAAACUUCAAAAGCAUGCCACCUCUCAGUCAAGAUAUCACUGCAAAAGCUGCAGCUUACACUACCGUUUGUUCACACAUUUGCAGAAAAACUCAAGUUUGAAUACGGUGCUCUACACACUGCUGUAGUUGUUGGUGAUGUUGUCAUAGAGUGGGGUGUGGAGGAGCUCGUCGAGCCUCGUAGCGUUCCUAACUUUGUGUCAGAUUUCCAAGCGAAUGUAGGAGAUCAAGGGGAGUGGCACGAAAUGGAAGGGAGGUUUCAAGCGGAGAUGAGCUUGGCGAACAGGCAAGAAAAUACUGUGCAAAAGCUGGAAAUUGUUUUCGAAGCUAUUGAAGAGAAAUCGAAGCUGAUAGACAAGCUGGUUGAUGUGAUAGUGGAAUACAAUCGUAAUAAAAACUACGGUGUGCUUAACUGCAACUGUCAAGAUUUUGCACGAGAAGCACUUGCUGCUUUAGGCAUAAAGAAACCAAUUGAAUUCACAGGCAAGCUCCAAGAGCGAUUCGAGCAGUUAAAGAAAGGAAAUAGAAAAGUGCCAACUGAGUUAAAGUCUCACCAAAACCUUGACGCAUACGUGGAAGAACACAAGAACGAAUUGGGCUUACAAGACCUCGAAUAUCUUCAGUGCCUGUAUUUUGCAGAGCAUUUGCCAAAAAUCGAGAAAUCUGGCAAUUAUGAAACCUGGGUGUGUGGAAUGCCAACUUGCAAAAGUGGUGAGCUAGACAAGCUAAUUCGUGAACACAGUCUUCCGUUCAAUCAGUUCCUACCCGGAGCCGAGCAAAGUGCUGCAAAUAGUCAAGCUACAUCCCCCAUACACCCACACAAUCGAAGACACCCUACAGUCAAUCAGUUCCUACCCGGAGCCGAGCAGAGUGCUACAAAUAGCCAAGCCACAUCCCCCAUACACCCACACAAUCAAAGACACCCUACAGGCAAUCAGUUCUUACACAGAGCCGAGCAAAGUGCUGCAAAUAGCCAAGCCACAUCCUCCAUACACCCACACAAUCAAAGACACCCUACAGGCAAUCAGUUCUUACACAGAGCCGAGCAAAGUGCUGCAAAUAGUCAAGCCACAUCCCCCAUACACCCACACAAUCAAAGACACCCUACAGGCAAUCAGUUCUUACACAGAGCCGAGCAGAGUGCUGCAAAUAGUCAAGCCACAUCACCCAUACACCCACACAAUCGAAGACUCCCUACAAGUAAUCAGUUCUUACACAGAGCCGAGCAGAGUGCUGCAAAUAGUCAAGCCACAUCACCCAUACACCCACACAAUCGAAGACACCCUACAGGGACAAGGAAAACAGUAACACCACGAACAAGUGAAGCGAUUAGAGAUUCAACUAUAGCUGCAUCAGCUGCAUCAGCAGCAACAAAUGAAGGCACUAGGAAACAAUGUCCCACCCCUGACUGUGAAUUCUAUGGAGAAAAAGAAACAUACUUUUACUGUUCGAAAUGCUUUGAAGUCAAAAAUACACCAAAGUGUGAUCACUGCGAGAAUUUCGGGAAUCCUGAAUGCAAUGGGCUGUGUAAUGGUUGUUUUAUGGGGAAAAAAGAGUUUGAAUCAUUACUUAAAACAUCUAUGGCUAUCCAACCACAUGACAGUGCUAUACCAAACCCACUGUCAACUGAAGCUCCUCCACCAGACACUAAGAAGUGCUCUGAAUGCAAUACUUACUUUGCUAACGAGGAUUAUCAUGGUCUCUGCCAUGGCUGCCUAAUGUUCAAAACUGAAACUGAAACUGAAAUAGAUACGAGUACUCACACUGUUGUACCAAACCAGCCUAUACAAAGUUCUCCUGUGUAUUCUAAACAGAAUCAAGGUCACUGGUCAAGAACACCCUAUGCACCUUUACAUGAAAAAUGCCAAAAUCCGGGCUGUAAGAAUAUUAAAACUGAAACUGGAUAUUGUGACAUUUGCAACUAUUCCAGUCCACUACCACCCACAAAAAGUACUAGUACCAGCUACAGUACUGAAACAGAAACCAUACUACAAAGCAGGUGCUUUUUAUGCACUGGGGAAAAGGUAACGGACAGGAAUGAAGUGUGCACCUAUCACAUCUAUCACACACAGAAGUUGUUAGAGCAAAUGAGCAUUCAUGAUCCACCAUUCCAAGCCAAUACAACAACUGUAGCACCACAAGCACACGCAUACUCAUCAGAAGUAGGAAGGGAAAAUUCACAAACACAGCAAAGCCACCAAUCAAAAUGUGAUAGAGGAUACACAAACUAUAGAGGUAUACCACAGCCUCCCUCAAACCACUAGUGUAGUUAUGGAACAUUUGCACAACACUGGUCAAAACAAACUACAAACUUAACAUUAUGUUCGCAUACCAUACACACGGUCCAUACAUACGACACAAUUACAACACAAGAAGCUACAAUACAUUGUGAAGUGAUCAGUAGAGACACCUGUCACCCAGGGUGUUUGUUUAAAGGCUACCAAGAAAACAUUUUCAAUCACUCAGGAGUGAAAGCACCUGACUACUUAACAUUAUUUUGUGUGAAUCACUUUUACCAAGAGUUUUGUGUGUAAAUUUUAAAUGG